ACAACAUUCUCUCAGUAGCGAAGCGGUGAAUCAGAAUGUUUCUCACCGUCUGACCCAUGUGAAAACACAAGCACAAUCGCCGCCAUGGCCUCUAAAAUCGUCGUCAUAGGCGAUGUCAACGGCCGCAUUUCCGAACUCUUCACCAAGCUCUCGACUCUGCAUGCGAAGCAGUCCUUUGCUUUCGCCAUCAUCGCAGGCAACCUCUUCUCACCAGCAGCCUCCACUUCCGAGGCCGAGCACACCGAGAUCUCAACCCUACUCAAUGGGGCAAUCGACGUUCCCCUUCCAACGUACUUUGCCCUCGGCACUAACUCUUUGCCGACCGCUGUACUGGACAAACUACAGUCAAGCGAUGGCGAGCUCUGUGCCAACUUGAGUUUACUUGGGCGGAGGGUGUCCAUCAAGACGUCGAACGGCUUCCGAAUCAUCUCACUCGGCGGAUCACACGUGGAAGGAAGCGACUCCUCUAUGAGUGAAUACGAUGCUACGUACUCCGACGCUGACGCUACAGCACUCGUACGGGAGCUUCCAGAUACAGACAUACUCGUGACGAGCGACUGGCCAGCUGGAAUCCGCGAUGGAUCAAAGGCAUCGUACACAAGUGAGGCGCCCGGGGGAAUCCGGAGUGUUUCAGACCUCUGCACGGCGCUGAAACCGAGGUACCACUUCUCUACGUCCGCAGCAUUCUAUGAGCGUGAACCCUUCUUCCACCCAGGACCUCGACCGCAAUCAAUCACUCGCUUCAUCAGCCUCGCGCCCUUUGGCAACGCUGAGAAGCAGAAAUGGAUCUACGCAUUCUCACUCGAACCGUCUGCGGCAGCACCUCCGACCAUCCCGCAAGGCUGCACAGCAUCUCCACUCACAUCUGCAAAGAAGCGUAAACUCGAGCCUCAGCAGACCGCCUACAACAGUUUCAGAUACUCCAACGGCGAUACAAACGCCCAGUGGGAGCCAGAUCGCAACAGGCGGAAACGCCAGAAGCACCAGCCACCGCCAACGCCUGAUCAGUGCUUCUUCUGCCUCUCCAACGCCAACUGCGAGACUCACAUGAUCGGUUCAAUAGGCGAAGACUGCUAUGUGACGAUUGCAAAGGGGCCACUGACCACGCGAUCAACCUUUCCGGACUUGGGGUUUACGGGUCACGUGCUUCUCAUCCCGCUCCACCACUCCGCCACGUUGUCGUCGAUACCAGACCAGGACGCAAGGCAAUCCACGGUGAAAGAAAUGCAGCGGUAUCGAACCGCGAUGCACGACAUGAUUGCAACGAGGUCCAAGGGUGAUGACGGUACGGCAAAACUAGGCGCGGUGACUUGGGAGAUCAGUCGAGGGGGCGGGGUGCACGUUCACUGGCAAUUUCUGCCGGUCUCCGUCGACCUCAUUCAGAAAGGUCUCGUUGAAGCGGCAUUCGACGUGGAGGCGGAGAACCUUUCAUAUCCCAAGUUUGCGAAGAAGUCGGCAGAUGUCGCGGCAGCAGAAGAGGGCGAUUACUUCAAAGUCAUGAUCUGGUCGGAGGCGAUCCGCAAGGAGAUGGUCCUGCUGCUUGACCGGGAGUUCCGAUUCGACCUGCAAUUCGGUCGAAAAGUCAUGGCGAAGUUGCUAGGGCUGGAGAGCAGGACGGACUGGCGGGCGUGUGCACAAGACAAGACGGAGGAAGAAGCAGAUGUGGCGGUGUUCAAAGAGGCCUUCAAGCAGUUCGACUUCUCCUUGGAGGAGUGAUUAUACCCGGCUAUCGGCUGUAGCAAUAUCUCCGGCAGCGUCUAUGAGAGUCGAUGGAUGUAGAAUAGUCCGAAAUUAGACAUGAAACACUAUCGUCUCUCUGAUCGACUGCACAGUGCCAAC